CUGAAACCAUUCCCCUCAUCCCAUUACUCCCUGCCCUUGUCCAAAGUCCCUCCCCAGCUUUCCUGUAGCCCCUUCAGGUACUGGAAGGUGCUCUAAGGUCUUCCCUAAGCUUUCUCUUCUGCAGGCUGAACUCUUCUCCAGAGUUGGACCCAGCAGUGCAGGGGGUCUCACCAGUGGAGUAGAGGGGGACAAUCCCCUCUCUGGCCCUGCUGGUCAUGCUGCUGGAGAUGCAGCCCAGGACACGGUUGGCUGAGAAAAGGGACAGGGUAAGGUGAACAUGUUGAAGAAAGCAUUCAAGAAUCUCCUGAAGGUAAAAAGAAGGGGUUUUUUCUUUUUUUUUUUCCCCAUAGGUCCUACACAGUUUCUGGGUCCGGAGCCCCUCACAUCCCUCGUGUCACCUGGGCCAGGAUGCCAAGCACCCUGUGGAGCAGCCUGCCCAUGGUGCUGGGGCUGCUGCUCUGGCAGCCCGUGGGCGCCAGCGGCCCGUGCUGGGAGAGCAGCAAAUGCCAGGACCUCAGCAGCGAGGCCGGAGUUCUGGGCUGUGCCAUGGCGUGCAGAGCUGACCUGUCAGCUGAGGCGCCCGUCUACCCAGGGAACGGGCACCUCCAGCCCCUCUCCGAGAGCAUCCGCAAGUAUGUCAUGAGCCACUUCCGGUGGAACAAGUUUGGUCGGAGGAACAGCAGCAGUGGGGAGCACAAACGGGAGGAGGGGACAGGGAGCAACCCACCGCUGGCAUCAUUCCCUGCCCUCCCACCGUCCCACCACGAGGAAGAGCAAGGAACCGGGCUAGAGCGGGAGGAAGGCAAACGCUCCUACUCCAUGGAGCAUUUCCGCUGGGGAAAGCCAGUGGGACGCAAGAGGAGACCCAUCAAGGUCUACCCCAAUGGGGUGGAGGAGGAAUCGGCAGAGAGCUACCCACUGGAAUUCCGGAGGGAGCUGGCUGAGGAGGAGGAGGAGGAGGAAGACCAGGAGGAGGAGAAGAAGGCUGGUGGCUCCUACCACAUGCGCCACUUCCGCUGGCACGCGCCUUUGAAGGACAAGCGCUACGGGGGCUUCAUGACCUCAGAACACAGCCAGACCCCUCUAGUGACUCUCUUCAAAAAUGCCAUCAUCAAAAGCGCCUACAAGAAGGGGCAGUGAUAUGGGGGGGAGC